AUGACUUCUCAAGAAUUUACUGUGUUAUACACUCACCAAAAGACAAAAAAAUCAAAAACAUGGCAAGAUGGAAUUCUGAGGAUUAGAACUGGCAGAAAUCAGGCUGUCUUGUUUGAUGAGAAAGGACAAUUCUUGGAGAGUAUUUUUGUAAAAUCUCAGGUGAAUGCUGGAGACGAUUUAGAAAGUGAGCGCUAUUUGAUCACAGUGGAAGCUGUAAAAGUGAAUGAAAAUACUUCUGAAGAUCAGCCAAGGAAAGCAGAAACUCCAGCAGUGGAUAGAAAUGGUGUAAAAGCGGGUGCUCUGCCUCCGAGACAUCUGUUUGUGGGCUUGAAAAGGAAGUUUACAGGUUUCCAAGGGCCACGCCAAGUUGAAAAAAAAUUAUCAACAAUGGAAGACGGAGGAAAAUCAACAAUAUCACCUUUAUCUAAGCAGUGUCAGGGUACUUUUCCAUCCAAGUUUUAUGUUACUUCUCCAUUAUUUUCUACGAUCUGCAGGAAGGAUGCAGAAACAAAUCUACCUGUGGACUUUAAUGAAGAUGUGUGUGCAGAUAAUGACAGAGAACACAUGUCUCUCUCCUCACUGCUUUCAAGUCCUUUUCUUGACAAAUGUGAGGAGACAGGGAAGCAGAACUCUGCUCUGUCUGUUGUGAAGCCAGAACCUCCUCUAAUUACUGGGCACACCAAACCCAGUAGUCACACUGCUGGUGGUCAGGCAGUGUCACACACCAUCAGGAGCACAGCACAGAUACUAGCUCUGCUGAAGUCUAAACCAACACAAGGAUGUAGAGAGCAAACGACCUCUGAAGUCACAGAAUGUCUUUCUAGUUUUCAGGCAUCAGAAAACACAGAUAGCUUCUAUAAGCAAAAAAGCACAGUCCUGCCUGCUGUUUUGGGCAACACUGCCAAAAGACUCAUUCAAAAUACUCCACCCCUGCCUUUGACAAAGGGAACUGUCAGCGAUAAAAAGGAAUGGGAUGCUGAAAUGCUUCUCAAUUCAGCUGAAAAAUCUUGUGAUAAAGAAGUUACAGGACAGAGAUAUGACACAAAGGCAAAUAAUUUAAGUCAAGAUGUUGAAGAUCCCUGUAGUACAAAUAGCUGCUUCCUACCUGAAUCCACCAUAAGCAGAAGGAGUGACAGUCAGUUUGUCUCACCCUCAGGUGGUGGUUUGUGUUCAGCAAGUCCCACCACCUUUGAAGAAAAUAUUUCUAGAUGCAGGGAGCAUUCAGUGACUCAUGGCCUUCAGGAGAAUUCACUGGUCAAGUUGCAAAGUGAGCUUCAGCCAAGACAAACUUCAGAAGGAGUGUUUGGUGACCCGGAGCUCUCUGUGGAUGACAGGUUGACUGAAACUGGACUUGUAAAGGAGGAAUUAAGUCUGGAUGGCACAGAGUGUGGUCCAGAUGAACAGCUGAUGGAGGUUAACUUUAAUCUAAUGGAGGCUUUUGAUUUUAAUGACGCAGACAACCAAGGCCUGUGUGAAAGAGAUGUGAAUAAGCUCACUGAAGGAGAUGUGGUUUCACAAAGUCCAGGCAGCUUGAAGGGAGAAGCUAUAGUGCAAAGUAGUGUGCUGAGACUUAAUUCUUCUUGUGAACUAGUGAUGCAAGGUGAAAAUGAAGAUGCCCAAUGUUCAAGUUUGGACAGAGAGAAUGAUGGAUAUCAUUGCCCUGAGGGUGUUCCACCUCAGCUCUGUGACAGCCAUCUCAGAGAUACAGGAAGAAUAGCAGAAGACUCUGCAAUCCAGACCAGAACUGAAGGGGAACUUCUGGAUGAUGGAGACAACAAAAAAGACAUAAUGGAAAGUCAAUUAAGUAUUGAAGCCACAAACCAUCAGAAGGAUCUUGAUGACUGCGCAGCACAUACCAUUAAUGGCACAUCAUGGAUAAAAAGCAAGUGCUCUGAUCUUUUGCCUGGUGAUACAGAUGUUAGUGAAUGCCCCACUAAAACCAGUAUGUUUCAGAAAACUGAAAGUAUUCCAUGUAUUUCUGCCAGCAGAGUAACUUGUGCUAUGGACAAAAGGACCAAAGAAGAUGUUCUACAGCUUGGAUGCAUGAAAUACCCAGAUGCUGAUUUAGAACACCACUGGGCUGCUGAGAGGGCUGAUGUUAAACCAGUUAGUCCUUUGAUGGCUUUGUCACAAAAAUCAGAUUGUAGCUAUGGCUCAUUCCACUAUACUGCAGAAGACCCUCAAAAGGUAUUUGGAGUUUCACGUAAGGAAGAUAUUCUCAUUUCCAGAAGUUCUAGCUAUCCUUUAGGAGAAGACCAUUCAUCUCCAGAAGAAACAGCAAUAGGUGAAAUUGAGUUUGAAAAUGGAGAGAACAUAAGUGCCUUGGAAGCCUGCAAAGGUGAAAGGGUGGGAAUGGAUUGCUUGAAAUGCACAGCAGCAGCUGAAAAUUCAUCAGACCUUCCUGAUUUGGUGAACAAUAUUGCACUUGUAAGAGCUUUGACUCAACAUAGCACAGCAUUAGAAAGCUUACAAAAGAUGAAGGAAAAUAACAGCGUGUUAAAUGAAGUGGAGCCUUCUCAAGAGAUAUUUGAACCCCUUGUGAGAGAUGAAGUUCUAAAGCAGUUCACAGAAAGGCCUUACUCAGAAAGUGUACAGGCAUCUUCCUGUUCAUACUUUGAUUCCUCUGGCCUUACGCUCAACUGUGUGGACAACUUAAUUCAGAAAACAGAGACAUGUAUUUUACCGAUAGCAGUGGCCCAAAGAGACCCUAGAGCAUCUGACUGUCAACCAAAGCCUGUUGCGUUUCAAGGGCACCAAGUGAAGGGAUCAGCAGCCAGUGAGAUCAUGUUGAGAGCUCCCUGGUCACAGCUAGGCUGGCAGCAGUACCCAGAUAAUACAGAGUUGGCAGCUGAGAGAUUUUUGUCACCUCUCUUUUCAAGCAGUGAUGUCCUCCCUGAAUUCAGCCAGUCUCCAGGUUCAAGAAGUCUUAAUGAGGAUGAUAUCAACUUUACCAGAGAAGAGAAUUUUCAAGAGAAGUUUAACAUCAUUAAAGAGUCCAGAAUAGAUGAGUCUCCACUGGCAGUGAAUGUGUGUGCUGAAGAUCCGCCAUGGACAAAGUCAGGCUCAGCUUCACUUACAGACUUGAGACAAACGCAAUGGACUUCCUGGGAGCCUGACAAGGUGACUUCAUCAGUAGAACUGACUUCCACACUUUAUCCAGACUCUACAAUUUCUCCAGCUUCAGAAAGUGAAGAAUGUACUGGAGACAUCCAGGAGCCCCUGAUGCACAGGAUCCUGCCAGGUGAACCAGAACUGCCAGAUUUUUUUUUCGCACGGGAGAAAUCCACCUGUCCAGAAGAAUGCAGCCUCUCAAGGUUCAAACACACAUCUAAAACAAGAACUCCAUUUGUCACCCUUCCUGCCACUGAGAAGAUUCCUGACAUGUCUUGUUCAGAUGACAAUGAGGAGGUCCAGCAGUCUUUUGGUUCUUCAGUACAUUUAGGCAACAAGUCAGUGUUUCCUGUUAGUUCUUUUGGCCCCGAGGACAGAAAUUAUGAAACCUCUGUGUUUGGAGAGUAUACGGAAGACGGACAAAGGGAGUGUGUAGAACCAGUGUUCCCUAAUGAGACUUCACAAUAUAGACAAAGCAAGUGGCUGAAAUAUCAAAACAGUGCUCAGAGUGACUUGAUAACUCAAAACAGUGAUGAUGAGGAAAUGACCGAUGACAUCUGUGCUGAGAAUGUCCUUGGAAUGCAGCUGGGUGACAAGGGAGAGAGCAGUGCUGUGAAGAGAAGUGCUCCAGGCUCUGCACCUCUCCUGACAGCAAAGAGCGUGCCUGGUAAAUGCUGUGCAAAUGCCAACAACCGAGAUUGGAUUUCAGAGAGGAAGUUACUUUCUCUGCACUUCAGUCAGACACCUUUGGCUGAAGCAACACAAAAGGUGUUGAGUCAUCUGAGCUGCCACACGGGAACAGGAGACGGCCAGGAAAUUAGUAUUUCUGAGUUGUCAUUUCCUAGUGUGGAUCAAGUAAAACAUGCUAAUCUUCCUAAAAGAAAGAUUUCCAUACCAACUGUCUUUCAGUCUCAUGUUCACUACAAGCAGAUUUUUAAAGCUGCUCUGACAGAGCAAUUAAACAUAAUGCUGUUUGAGUUGUCACAAAGAUUACACAACGCUCUCUCAAAAGUGGAUAUAUCAUUUUACACAUCACUGAAAGACGAGCAAAGUAAGAGCAAAGAAAGCCACGUUCCACUCUGCAAUCACUUGUGUCCUGCCAAGCUUGUUAUGGUUAAAAAAGAAGGUGGAAACAAGGGUCGUUUGUUCUACACCUGUGAUGCUCCAAAAGCUGAGCGGUGUUCGUUCUUCAAGUGGAUAGAAGACGUGAACCCGGCACAGAUAAAAUCCAGACCUAGUGUAGUACUUCACGAUAUAAAAAGUAUUGGGACGUACCUCAGAAGUCAAAAGAUAUCUCUCUAUGAGGGGUGCCAGCUUCUAGUGAGGAAAGCCUUUGAAAUUCAAACACAGUGGCGUAGUAAGUGUAAGAAAUUUAUGAAUGCACCUGCCAGAUUUGAUGGUGAUUCUAAAAACAAAUUAUACCUCAAACUAAGCAGAAAGGAGCAUUAUUCUCUCUAUGGCAAAGAUGAUAUUUGGGUUGUUUCCAAGACUCUGAACUUUGAUCCCCUUGACACUUUCAUUGCAAGUAGUGCUUUCUUUGGACCAUCCUCCCACAAUGAAAUAGAAUUACUACCACUGAAAGGCUACUGCCCCUCAAACUGGCAAUCAAACGUGUUGGUUCAUGCACUGCUGGUUGGUAAUGCUAGUGGUGAGCUUAACUCCUUGAGAAAUAUGGAGGAGCACUUCAAUCCAUCCACAUUACCACUGAUACCAUACCUACUGAGAAUGAAUUUUGAUUCUCAAAAUGCUACUAAGAGAGUCAACAAAAGAAAAUUCACUCCACCUGCCAUCAGCCUGAAACACAAGGUGACAUACGGACCUGUCAGCACUGAAGUGGCCAUGGGACUAGCUAACAAGAUGAUCCAAAUGUUCUCGUUGAACCCAGAUCAAGCCACAUCGCUGAUUCGCAUAGCGCAGAUGAUGACCUCGUGUGAGAACAGCAAGCCAGUGGAACAACAUCAGAUCUUACCUGUCACUAUCAUCCGUGGUGUUUUUGGAGCUGGAAAGAGCUAUCUGCUGUCUGUUGUGGUCUUGUUCCUAGUACAGCUCUUUGAGAGCAGUGAAGCUACGGAGGGUCCAAGGCCAGCUCCGUGGAAACUUCUGAUUGCUUCUUCCACUAACGUUGCCAUUGACAGGGUACUGCUGGGUCUACUUGAUCUUGGAUUUGAGGAUUUCAUCAGAGUCGGAAGUAUUAGGAAAAUCACCAAAGCAAUUAUUCCCCAUAGUUUACAUGCUGGCUCAGGAAAUGACAAUGAGCAGUUAAGAGAACUGCUUGCACUCCUGAAGGAAGAUUUAACUCCAGUUGAAAAAACAUAUAUAAGGAAGAGCAUUGAGCAACAUAAACUGGGGACCAAUAAAACUAUACUGCAAGAGGUAAAAGUGGUUGGAGCGACCUGUGCUGCCUGCCCAUUCCCUUGUCUGAAUAACCUCAAGUUCCCUGUAGUGAUGCUGGAUGAGUGCAGUCAGAUGACUGAACCUGCUUCUCUCCUUCCUAUUGCAAGGUUUCAGUGUGAAAAGCUUGUUCUUGUUGGAGACCCGAAGCAAUUGCCACCAACUAUUCAAGGGUCUGAGAGUGUUCAUGAAAAGGGGUUGGAGCAGACUCUCUUUGACCGGCUUUGCCUAAUGGGACAUGAAGCAAUACUACUUAGGACACAGUACCGAUGUCACCCUGCUAUUAGUGCCAUAGCCAACGAGCUGUUCUAUGAAGGAAAUCUGAAAGAUGGGGUUUCUGAGAAGGACAGAAGUCCUUUAUUGGAUUGGCUGCCAACACUAUGCUUUUAUAGUGUUAAUGGUGUAGAGCAAAUGGAAAGAGACGGCAGCUUUUAUAACAUGGCAGAAGCUCAUUUUACAGUCAAGCUCGUCCAGUCUCUGAUUGCAAGUGGAAUAGAAGGAUCUGCAGUUGGUGUAAUUACACUUUAUAAAUCACAGAUGUGUAAGAUCCAGAACUUGCUCAGCGGUGUGCACUCGGAGGCUUUUGAGGUCAAAGCUGUCCAGGUGUCCACUGUAGAUGCCUUCCAAGGAGCUGAAAAGGAAAUAAUUGUUUUGUCGUGCGUAAGAACAAGACAAACUGGGUUCAUAGACUCAGAAAGGAGAAUGAAUGUUGCACUAACGAGAGCCAAGAGGCAUUUGUUGAUUGUUGGAAAUCUGGCCUGUUUAAGUAGGAAUAGACUGUGGGGAAGAGUAAUUCAUCGCUGCCAAGGAUGGGAAAAUGGAUUACAACAUGGAAGCCAGUGUGAGCAGCAGCUAAACGACAUCCUGAAGUGUUACUUGGAGAAAUGGAAGGAAGAGAAACAGAAUAAGAAAAAGGAGAAGUAAAAUGUG